AUGGCCAAGAGGGAUAGGUUGACCAUGAAUUCCACACACCAGCCUGACGAAGGUUACUCAGAAGACCCUCUGAAUUCCGGCAGGAGCUAUGAUCUACCUGCCGUCCUUUCGACUCUCAAGUUGCCGGCAGAUCUGCCAGCUUGGGUGUCGGAAAAUGCAUCCUCCAUCCCCAUAUCACUGAAGAAGGAGCUUGCGAUGGCCCUUCUCCACCAGCUGCCGACCUCUGCCAUCUCCGAAAUUGUCCAGCAGCUGCAUCCUAGACUAUACAUCAACUUUGUCCAUCACUUGCCAGCCGAAAUCUGCCUCAAGAUCCUCUCCUACCUCGACCCCAACUCCCUCGUUUGCGUCAUCCAGACCUGCCGGGACUGGUGUGACUUAGCAGUCGACCCUAAGCUAUGGGAGAGGCUAUAUCGACUCGAAGGAUGGAAAGCCAUCCAGAGCGAGAUUGAGUCUUGCGAGACCAGUGUCAACAUUGGCCUGAACGACUCUAUCAGUCACCUUCAUCGCAUCCAAAACGCAGAGGGCCAUACUAGUAAGAUACGCGCGCUGCAGAGUGACGACACCAACAUGGAUGUCCCCAUGUCGGACGGCGAUAGGGCCGUCUCCCCUCUCGAUAACCCGACAGGUCGGAGCAUCUUUGGCUCCGGCAGCACCAGCAGUCGACCACAUGCCGCCCCCGCACCCCUUGUGGGUGGUCCGGACUCGGACCGAGCCACCACCGCCCAUAGACGCUUCGGGUCAUCUGAUUUGCGGCACAAGCGACGUGCGGUACGCGCGCCGUCGGAAGCCUCACUGCCCCCCAUCUUGCCACCCAAGGACCCCCGCGCCCUCAGACGUUCUACCCUGUGGAUGUGGGAUGGCAACAACUCGCGCUACCGCCUUAAUUGGAAGUAUCUGUACAACAUGAGACGGAGGCUCGAAUCUAAUUGGGAACUGGGAAAGGCCGUCCCCUUUCAGUUCCCCCACCCUAACCAUCCCGAGGAGGGCCAUAGCGAGUGCAUCUACACUCUCCAGUUCGACGCCAACUACCUCGUCAGCGGAAGCAGGGACAAGACCAUGAGGGUGUGGAAUGUCCACACCCGCCGGCUGAUGAGGCCGCCCCUUGUCGGCCACGAUAAAUCUGUCCUGUGCCUUCAGUUCGAUUCUGAUCCAGACGAGGAUUUGCUCGUCUCGGGCAGCAGUGAUUCCAACAUCAUCAUCUGGAAGUUCUCGACCGGCGAGAUACUCCAGAAGAUCCAGGAUGCCCAUUACGAGUCGGUUCUCAACGUUCGUUUUGACAAGCGCGUGCUCGUCACCUCAUCCAAAGACAAGAGCAUCAAGAUUUUCAACCGCCGCCCCUUGAAGUACGGUGACCUGGGAUACAACCAGGAGGUGGUCCAACCGACGGCAAUACGGCUGCGAAACUAUGGGUACGAGCCGGAACUCUCCCAGCAACUACCCAUUCAACCAGCCUUUACCAUGAUCGGGAAGCUUGACGGGCACGGUGCCGCAGUGAACGCUAUUCAGAUUCGAGGCAACUCGGUCGUGUCGGUGUCGGGAGAUCGCCACAUCAAGAUCUGGGACUGGCCCAGACAAGUCUGCACUAAGACGAUACCCGCACACGACAAGGGAAUCGCAUGCGUGGAGUUUGACGGGAGGAGGAUCGUGAGCGGUAGUAGCGACUACGAGGUUAGCAUUUUCGAUGCCCCGACGGGACUCAGGGUGGCGGAGCUUAAAGGGCAUGCCCACCUUGUGCGUACCGUGCAGGCUGGCUUCGGUGACCUACCGUACAGCGAGGUUGAAGACAGGCUCGAAGCGAAGAGGGUCGACGCCCGGUACUUCAAGGCAGUCGAAACGGGAAUGGUGGGCUCCCACAGCGAGCGGACCAGCCGAGGCGAGCGACGCGUCAAUGCCGGCAGCUCCCACCCGGCGGAUGUGCAGGCAUAUGGUGCCCACCUCCCGCCGGGUGGCGGCGGCGGCCGCAAGUAUAGCCGCAUCGUCUCGGGCUCGUAUGACCAGAGCAUCAUCAUCUGGCGGCGCGACAAGGAGGGCGUCUGGAAGCCCGCACAUCACCUGCGCCAGGAGGAAGCGGCCGAGGCAGCGCAGCGCAGGGAGGCCAUCCGGUCCAACUCCGACCCCAUCGCCAGCCUGAUGCAUAUGGCGACGCAGCCGGCCGCGAUGCCCCUCGUGCCGUCAGCGACCCCUCGGAUCGACCCCGGCAUGCCGCUGCCCACGCUGAACCAGACGGCCUGCCUGCCCCUCCCCAACGUGCACGACGCGCAGCCCCACCUCUCCGGUGGCGUGUACACAGCCCUCAUCGACCAGGUGGUGCCUGCCGGUGCCCACUCGCUGCAGCAGGCUCUGGCCAACUACCCGGGUAUGCUGUCGUACCGCAGCUACCUCCACAUGUCGAUUGAUCGGGAGCCGUCGACCUACGUGCGCGCCCAGCUGAGACAGGUCGUAACCGACGCCCUCGUCACUAUGCACAAUGCUCAGCGGGCCUUCCAGCAGGCCACGGCACCCAUAGCGGGACAGGAGACCAACAGCUCCGCCGGCGGCACGGCGGGCUCCACCGCAUCCGGGUCCGGAGCACCUGAGUCGGCCCGCGCCCGUGUUGCUCCCUCCGACACUGAAGCAACAGCAGGACUAUCAGCCACUCCGGUGGCGGCAGCGGCAGCAACCCAAGGACCACCGGCACAGCGAUCACACCAGGCGCAGCAAGCCCCGCCGGUGCCCGCCAAUGCGGUUCCCAUGCCGGAUAACGCCCCAGCAAGGGUCUUCAAGCUCCAGUUCGAUGCCCGCAAGAUAAUAUGCUGUAGUCAGGCUCCCAUCAUUGUGGGGUGGGAUUUCUGCAACGAUGAUCCGGAGCUUGAAGGGGCGAGUCGGUUCUUUGCGACGGUGGAUUAA